AUGGACUAUGUAUCUUGGUUGUCACCUGGCAACCUCUUAUCAAUCCUCCCCCAACUCCCGCAUUUUACUCUUCCUAUUUUAGUGCUUGUUGCAUUUUGUUGUCCCCCUUUUCAUGGUCGCGGCGUCUUUUUCGCGACUCUCAUCGUCCUAAAUGAUGUCGCGUGUACCAUUUCCCCAUGGCCGCCGAACACCGGCGCAACGCGCGCGAUGCGCUACGGCAUGGCGGGAUCGUGGUUGCUUGUCCUUCCGGCUGUCGAGAGGUUGCUUUUACAUGUGCCGGAGCGAGACUUUUGGCUGGUUGACCAGCAAGGCCAGGUGAACAACGGACGCCCGAAGGAGUGGACAUGGGACAAGGUCCGAUGGGCCAUGAAGCUGGUUUCUUCUUCUCGAGGCGUCGGAUGGAAUUUUGGCCAUCGCAAGGUCAACGAUGCGCGUUCGGCCAUGAAAGCGCAAAAACUUCCCAGGCAAAAAUUCGUGUUAGCCAGGAUGCCAAGGGCGAUUCUGUCAUAUGUAGUCUUGGAUACGGUCAUUCACACUGCCCAGAGCACCGCCAUUCCACAUUCCUGGUCAUGGGAAUUGGACAACCUCAAGCAAAUCGUGUUCGUCGAACUUCUUAUGGGUCUCUCGCUGUAUACGACCAUGACGCUGCAGUAUGAGGUUGCGGCGAUGAUGGCCGUUGGCGUGGCUGGAGGCCAACCAGAGGACUGGCCACCACUUUUCGGAAACAUCGCCGACUGUUACACAGUUGGCAAUGUCUGGGGGAAGUAUUGGCACGGUUAUAUCCGCCAGCCUACUCUCGGCAUCAGCCGCGUCAUUGUCAAGAACCUCUGCAUUCCACCAAGGUCACCUCAUGCCUACUUUAUUCAUCUCAUCACAGCCUUCUCCAUCAGCGGCUUCUUCCAUUUCCUCAGCCUCUCCGUCAUCUGUGAGGGCUACGUUGAACCAAUAACCCUCGCCCUCAACAUGGGAUUAUUCUUCAUGAUUCAACCAUUCGGUACCAUGGUCGAAUAUGCCGUUAUUCAACUAUGUCAGGGCGCAAGAUGGUCUGAAUAUCUUAUCACGAGGACAGAUAGCGAGAAGUCGGUUCUAGAUCGCAUACCUCAAUUGUUAGUUCACCUGCUGGGAUACGUCUGGGUGUUCUGUUGGUUUAUUUGGACUGGUUGGUGGUUUGUCGAAGUAUAUGCUGCGAUUGGAGUUUUGGAAUGGUCAAUGCCAGUUUCACUUUGGGCUAUCGGAGGCAAGGCAGUUUGA